GACUCCCCAGACCAACUCCACACGGUGAUGCAAAGGUUGCUGGCCCUCCGUGCCACCCGCACAAAGCACAGCACCUGCUGUGAAGAGUCUGUUUUCCCCGUCCUUGAAUCUGCGCUGUCUGGGUAGCUUGCUUUGAUCAACAGAAUGUGGGAGAAAUGAUGCCUUAGGAUUUUGUCACCGAAAGGGUGCUGGCUGUCCACAACUAAAAUACUGGCUCCUACUGCUGUGCGGGUUGCUGACUUACUGGAAUUCUUCAGUGGGAGAGACAGAACAAAGGUCAGAACAUAUUGAUAAAGCAAGACUUCCGGGGGCUCUCACUUCGUCAGCGCAGCCCUCUGCUCUGGAGCCCCCAGGUGCUGAAUCCCGUGCCCCGGGAACCCAACGGGAGCAGGAGUAGAAGGAGAGACUCGCCUUGGAAACUCUACGUCCCGGAAAGAUGCAAAGCCUCAGGCCGGAGCAGAUCCGAGGACUGCUUGAGCCCGAGAGGACCAAGACGCUGCUGCCCCGGGAGACCAGGGCCUGGGAGGAGCGCGUCGCCCUCGCCAAGGACGGGGCAGCUGUGCAGGUUGGGGCCUCCGGCAGGGACGGUGACCAGAAAGGCCUGUCUUCUUCAGAGCCUGGGCUGGCGCAGGAGUGGAACGUGGUGGAGGGAGACGAGUCCGAGGACUCGCAGGGCUUUGUGGAGUGGUCGAAAGCUCCACAGCAAACCACCAUAGUCUUGGUAGUGUGUGUCCUGUUUUUGUUCCUGGUUUUAACAGGGAUGCCUGUGAUGUUCCACAUUUAGCUACGAUGCGGACGAUUGUUCUGAAAUUGAUCACUCUUUUUGUUAAGGAAACAUCUUGGUUAAAAGUCAGCAAUAGGUUUAUUAGCAAAUGCCUUUUAAACAUCCAUCAAGAUGAUUUUU